AAUUUUAUGCAGAAUCUAAAAAUAGUAAACAGUGCCGAAGUGAAGAUGCAAGCGUCAUUCCCAUUGGACAAAAUUUUGGGAGUAUGAUAUGGCGGAUAGUGAAUCACAAAAAAGUGUGUCAAAACACAAUGAAUGGAAGUUCUUUUAUAUUCAAGUGUUAAAUACUGCAGCAACUAUUGACAGCAAGAUUUUGUUAUAAACGGUUAAAUUACCUUCAUUUUCAAAUAAUCCCUUCAAGUUUUAAUCUUUGAAAAUUAAUGAAACUUCACCAACAACAGAUUCGUUCAAAUCAGUCCAGCUCUAAGAUUCAAAUGGACUCAAUGUCUUAUAUGACUUAAUGUCGUAUGUUUACAUGCGGUUUUGUAUAUCGGAGGAAGUGUAUACUUGAAAUUAAACCAUGGACAAAAAAGAUAUAUCCAAACGGAACAGUAUUUUUAAUAAAAUUAAGGGAGGAGGAAAAGACAAAAAGGCACCAAACAAGUUACCAACACCCAGUGAGUCCGAUGACACUAACGGUAAUGCUUAUGGAUUCCGUCCAGACACUAGCCAAUUGUCGGACAAGGAGGUCUUGGAAAAAUUUGAGAGAAUGCUGGAUGACAUGAAUUUGUCAGAAGAAAAGAAAGCUCCUCUAAGAAAGAAAGACAUAUUCCAGAAACGAUCUAUGCUCGGAAUGCACCAGUCUGUCAAGAUUGUGGGACCAGGAAACCUUGAUACUCCGGCUAGUUUUCAUGCAGAAUUACGGAACCCUGAGGUCAAGGGAGAUAAACGAUUAAAAUUAUUGGAAUCUUUACGAGUAUCAUUAACAAGUAAUCCUGUAAGUUGGGUACAAGAGUUUGGUGUUGCCGGUUUAAAUGGAAUUUUAAGGAAUUUAACUUACUGCUGUGAUUCAAAAACAGAAAGAAGAAGUACGUAUGAGGCUGUACGAUGUCUCAAAGCAUUUAUGAACAAUAAGUUUGGUUUGAUGCAAAUGAUAGGCCACGAAGAAGCCUUAACAAUAUUAUCUAGAACAGUAGAUCCUUCAGACCCUAAUACAAUGUUAGAGGCCGUCAGACUUCUAGCUGCUAUAUGUAUAGUACCUCCAGAUGGUCAUGAAAAAGUUUUAGAGGGUAUAACAGUAUGUGGAGAGAUACGAGGGAGAGAUAGAUUUGUGCCAAUAAUCAUGGGUUUAGGUAUGCGGGAUAACCAACCCAUGCAAGUGGCCAACAUUCAACUAGUCAAUGCUAUUGUCAGUACGCCUGACGACCUAGAUUUCAGACUGCAUUUACGGAAUGAAAUAAUGAGGACAGGGAUGAUAGAUCUGAUUGGGUCAUUAGAUACUCAGCAAGAUGAAGAAUUACAGACACAUUUAAGAAUUUUCCAUGACCAUAAAGAAGAAGAUUUAGAUGAAUUUAUUCAUCGUUAUGAUAAUGCUCAUAUUGAGCUAGAAGAUCCACGUCAGUGUUUUGACCUGGUUUAUAAUUCGACAAAAGACACAAUAUCAGAACCUUACUUUUUAUCCAUAUUACAGCAUUUAUUAAUUGUACGAGAUGAUGCCUAUGCUAGACCUCAAUAUUAUAAGUUAAUAGAAGAAUGUAUAACACAGAUAGUUUUACAUAAGAAUGGAACAGACCCAGAUUUCAGACACACAAAGAGAUUUGAUAUAGAUGUAGAACCUUUACUUAGUUCAUUACAUGAAAAAUCCCGAGUAGAAGAUGCAGAAGUCAGCAUUGUAGAAAUAAGUUCAAAAUUAGAGACAGCCAUUACUGCAAAACAGGAAUCAGAAGCUAAAGCAAUGACCUUGGAAGAAAAAGUGAAGAAAUAUGAGGAUGAACUCACUGUCAUGAAAGAAAAAAUAAAACUGGGUAUUGGUGCUCAGAUCCAGUCUACAGGAGCAGCAGGUGGAGGAGGAGGGCCGCCACCACCACCCCCACCUCCAGGAGGAGGGGCUAUUCCACCUCCACCACCGCCGCCCCCACCACCACCAGGGGGCGGUGGAGGACCUCCCCCUCCUCCUCCGCCACCACCUCCACCAGGGUUUGGUGGUGGUCCCCCGCCACCCCCUCCCCCACCAUUCCCAGGGGGAGGAGUACCACCCCCUCCUCCCCCACCAGGAGGACCAGGAUUUCCAGGAGCACCACCUCCACCUCCAGGAUUUAUGAGUCCACCUGCAGCGCCAUCAACUAGUCUUCCAUAUGGUAUAAAGAAGAAGAAAUAUCAACCUCCAAUGCAGACCAAACGACUCAACUGGAAUCAGGUACAAGCCAAAAAAUUAGAAAAAGAUUCAUUUUGGGUCCAAGUUCGUGAAGAUCAGUAUGAGGAUGAAUCUUUAUUUCAAGGUCUCAUUGAAAAUUUUGGAGUUACUAAAGCAAAAAUUAUGAAUACCUCAGAAGCAGCAGAAAAGAAACCUACAAAAAAGGCUAAAGAGUUGAAAGUACUUGAUCCUAAAGCAGCUCAGAAUUUGUCUAUUUUAUUAGGAUCCAUCAAGGUCCCAUAUCCAGAAAUUAAACGUAGAAUUGUAGAAGUUGAUGAAGAAAAGUUGUCGUCUUCUAUAUUAGAAAGUUUGAUACGAUACAUGCCAGAGCCUGAGCAGAUGAAACAGUUAGAGAAAUUACAGGAUCAGUACAAUGAUUUAUCAGAACCAGAACAGUUCUCUGUCACGAUGUGUGGUAUAAAGAGAGUUACACCUAGAUUAAAUUCAAUGUUGUUUAAAAUGCAGUUUCCAGACAUGGUGCAAGAUAUUAAACCAAAUUUAGUAUCAGCCAUAGAGGCAUGUGAAGAAGUAAAGAAUAGCACUAAAUUCUCAAAGUUAUUAGAACUUAUAUUGUUAAUGGGAAACUUUCUCAACGCUGGAUCUCGUAACGCUCAGUCUGUAGGAUUUGAAAUAAGUUUUCUUCCCAAGUUGGCAAAUACUAAAGCUCAAGAUGGUAAAACAACACUGGUACAUUUCAUAGCCAAUAUUGUGGAGCAAAAAUACCCAGAAUUAGUGGGAUUCUUAGAUGAAUUUACACAUUUAGAUAAGGCAGCAAGAGUCUCAGAAGAAACAGUGACAAAGAAUCUGAAGAGUAUGGAGAAACAAUUAAAACAGUUGGAAACAGAUAUAAAAAAUAUCAGUAAAAAUAAUGUGGAUGGGGAUCGCUUUGCUGAAGUUAUGAACUCCUUUAUAACAUCAGCAAAAGACCAGGCUGAUGUAUUAAGUGGUAUGCAGAAAAAGAUGGAAUCUUUAUACAAGGAAAUGGGAAAGUUCUACGCAUUUGAUUACAAGAAAUACAGUUUUGAAGAGUUCUUCCAGGAUAUAAAAGCAUUCCGAGAUAGCUUUAGUAAUGCAAUGAAGGAGAAUGCUAAGAUGAGAGAGACAGAAGAGAAGAUCAGACGAGCGAAGGAAGCAAAGGAUAGAGCACAGAAAGAUAAGGCAGCCAAGAUUGCUAGAAAGAAGGCUAUUGUGGAUAUGACUAUGGAAGGAGACCAGGAAGGUGUUAUGGAUAAUUUGUUAGAAGCCUUGAAGACUGGUUCUGCCUUUAAUAAUGUUAGAGAAAAACGUGACCGGAAACAAAGGACGCCUAGAGCGGCAGGAGCUGAAAGACGUGCUCAACUCUCUCGAUCUAGAUCUAGACAGAAUCUCUUCAACCUAGAUAAUACAACAUUGACAGAAAUCAGUUUUGAUGAUCCAAAUACAGCUCCGUCUCAAAACAAAAAAGAAGACAAAGUUGAUAUAGAAAGGGACACUAAUUAUAAUCAUGAAAAGUCAGGGGAAAGACGAAAUUCAAAAACAAAACAAUCGUCCAUUGAUACAGACGAGAGUGAUGCUGAAAAACUGCUGGCUAGGCUUAAAGCUUUGUGAAAAGUAUCUUAUUCCUGUUCAUAUUUGCAUUUGUUGUUCUUAUGACUGUAUAGACAUUUUAAUGUUUUCAUCAUAUAGUCAUAAUCCUUGCUCAUGCCAUAAUGUUAACGUCAAAAGUGAUAUAUAUAUUUGUCUUCCAUCAAAAUAUUCUUUAAAAUAAUCAAAAGUAUGGCAAGUCUUUGAAUUUUUUGUAUUUAUAAAAUUUCACUCUCUACCUGUAGAAGUCCUUGGAUUGCUCUUCUUUCAUUUCUUGCAACAGUCUUAGGUGUAAUUAAAAAUUGCAUUAAUGACUCUCAGCAAAAUGUAUGUCCUGAAUUUUUACCAAGCACAUUGUAUGUGGUUCAUAAAAGGAGAUUUAUUUAGUAAUAAUUGAUAUCUCAUGUGACCACUUUAAGUGGUUAUGAGUAAAGUAUGACCAGUUUAUGUGGUUUAGAGUAAUCUAUGGCAAGUUUAAGUGGUUAAGAGUAACAUGAUCAAUUAAAGUGAUUAAAAAGUUAUAUAUGACCAGUUUUAGUGGUUAAUAUAUAUACUAAUGCAUGGCCUGUUCAAGUGGUUGUUACUUAAGAAUCAACAACUAAUUUUGUAAACUUUUAAGUGAUAAUAAUGCAAGAUAUAGUAUAUUUUACUUGCUCAAAAGUAAACUGCAUCACUUGCUUUCGCGUACAUUAAAACACACAAAAUUAUGUUUACUGAAGUUAAUUAAUUUUCAUAGAUCUGUCUAUUGUUUACAAUAUAUUACCAGUAACACAUGCUUAUGAAUAGCAUCCUGCUUCCAUUGUAACACCACAUGUAAACACUGAAGGUUAUAUGAAAUACAGACUAACUGUAAAUAUUAAGAAUGGAAUAAAUAUCAUUAUGGCAUGAGCAUUGAACUCAUCUAUCAUUAUUGUCUGUCUAUGGUGUAUAAAUACUACAACAAAGACUGUGAUAUUUUUUACAACUAGGUCACAUGGUUUUGCCUGUAGUCAUGUGACUUUAGUUCUAUAAUUGAAACUUACAUAUUUGUUAACACUGUAUAAAUAUUUUGUUUGCUUCAUGUUUUGUACCAUAUUGUAAGGGAUAUUUAUUCAUCUGAAAUGCUGAUAGUUUGUUUAGACACAAUCAAAUUAAUUAAAAGACUCUCACUUGUUUGUCACCAAAUGAGAACAAAGGUUUGAGGAAUUUUUUUUCGCAACUGCUCAAAGAAUAGUAAAAUGAUUUUUUUUUGUCUGAAAAUAAUCAAUACUCAAUAGUUUGAAUUAAGCUGGUUUUGCAUUUUGAUUAGAUGUAGCAACGAAAUUGAUCUGAAGUUCAGCUGGUUUUGCAUUUUGAUAAGAAGUAGCAAAGAAAUUCACCUAAAGUUAUGCUAAGUGGAUAAGAAUUCAUAUGGUCCUGCAGAUGCUGAAAAAGCAGAAAUGGACAAAUUGAAAAACUGAUAUUUCUUUUUAAAAAGAAAAAGAAAAAUAGAGAUAAAAUUUGCUGCCACUUUUUCAAGAUAUACAGAAUUGAGAAUCUUCAAAUUUAGUUCAUGUGAUCUUGACCACCUUUUAGAUUUUGUUAUCAAGGGAAGAUAAUGCAAUUAAUAACAAUUGAUUUGUCUCCCUUUUUGAAAACUGCAUAGUGACUAAAUUUACAUACACAGAUUAUAAAAAUCUAAUUUAUGUGACACGUAAUUCUUUAUAAUUUUCAUUUCUCAAAAUGUGGUGAUAAACAUUAUAAAAGUAUAUAUUAUUUAAGUAAUUAGCAUUUAGUCAUUAGAUUCCUGAUUUUUUUUAUCAUUUGAAUUUUCUUUGACAUACCUGCCAAAUUUUAGUUUAUAUGUGAUUAAUGAUCCAGCAGUCAGUUUUCCAUGGUUUACAGAAUAUAUGAGCUUCAUAUAUAGAUCAAGCAUUGAUAUCUAGUUUCAAUUUAAAAAAACCUCAAGGUUACAAUAUUUUGAAUUUAAAAAAAAAUCUAAUGCAUAAUGACAAAAAAGUGAUAUAGGAUGUAUCAUUCUACAGUAACUGGGAAAUUAAUGGAUAGUAAUAAUUGGUAAGCUAGUAUGGAAUUAUCUUCCAAAGGACAUGAGGGUUGAAUGGAUUUGCCAGACUGUCUUUCAUUUUUCUGAGUGGUAUUAAAUACCUGUUAAGAGAGAGUAACCCUUUUGAAAAAACUAAACUUGGCAGGUAUGGUGUGGACUUCUCAAAAUUGACAUUAUUCAUUUUCAUUUAGCUUCCAUUAUCUGAAUAUGUUUCAUUAUUUGGUAUGUAUAUAUUGCAUAUAAAUUUUAUUUUUGUAAAUAAGAACUGUAAAUUUGUAUAUAUUGUAACAAAACAUAUAGUAUAUAUAUAAAUGAACAUUUUACAUAGCUCACUAUUCUACUUGUAUAUUGCUUAUUUGUAGAAGAUGAAUACUGUUUUCCUAUAAUUUGUGGUUUUCUGCUUUUGACCAAAACUUUUAUCUCAGAGUCAUAUAUAAAAUAAUAGUCAAGUCUUUUCACCACUGAGAUUUAAUGAAAUUUUUGGGAAGCUUUUUUAUUGAUCAAAAUAGGUCCUAGAUUUUAAAAGAAGUAAUUGCAAAGCAUAAAAAAUUGUGUGUCCUGGAAUAUGAAUUUGUUUGAAAAUAUGUCUAUUUACUGCAAAUUUUACUUUGAUCUGUUCUGCGAUAAUUUCUCAUAUCAUGCUACUCAAGUGAUAUGGGAUUUUCUUAGUUAACCAGUCUAUAUCAUUGUUUUUAUUUAGGAAAACAGCCAUUUAUAAACAAUGUUCUUUAAAAAUGGAGGAUAUUUCUCCAAAACUAACUAAAUCAAUUUAUUUUAUAACUAUAAUAUUUUCCUUGUAAAAUGCAUUUCUUUAUAUAUUUUAAUGUUGAGUUUUGCAUGUUAAAAAUCAAACUUAUCUAUGUUACACAGCUAAAAAAUUAAAUUUGAUAGAAGAUGAAAAGGUCCUCUUGGUAUAAAACAUGUUUGCUCAUCUCCAAAACUUACUAACAGGUGUUUCAUUAACUAAUGGCAUAUUAAUAUUUUUACAUUCCAAGUAAAAGUUCAGGUUUCAUUUACCUGUUAUUUUGGUGUAUAUUUUCCUAAUUUCAUCAUCAUUUUGUUAUGGAUUUCAAAGACAUUAAACAAUAAAUUAAAGGUGCUAUACUACACAAGUUUUGGGCAUCAAAUAUUGAUUUAAAAAUGAAAUUCUCAGUCCCAAAAUGUCUUUAUAUCUGGUGGCAAGGUUGUUAUAUCUCUAAGGUUUUUUUACCUUGACAAAAUUUAUUUUUUGGCCUUUAACACCAAGUAAAAAAAUGUAUUGAAAAAUUUCAAAGUUUUAGAAUUUUAUGCUUUAUGAAUUGACCCCUUUCUAUUUCUCUUCAACAUUUCAAAUCUUUUGGAAGUUUAACUGAUUUGAAAUAAGAAAACAAUCAAGUUUUUCUCAGGCUGUUAAUGAUAUAUAAAAAAAAUCUCAAAGAAUUCAGAUAAUGAAAAAAGUUAUGACAAAGAUUUAUAAAGUUGUGCCUGAAGCAAAAAGUAGGUGCUAUUAAAUAUUUAUUAAGAAACUGCUAUGUAUUCUUAUAAGUCACUGCCCUUUAUGCUUUUAUUUUAUGAAAUAAUUGAAUUGUACUAAAUCUAUUUAAAAAUAUAACUAGUGCUUAUUUUAUUUAGUCAGUCAAAGGGGUUGUUUUUAUUAUAAUUUGUUUGUAAUUAUUGAUUUCUUUAUAAACAUUAACUUUCCAAUUGUUGCAUGACUUCAUAUAAUUUAUAUGAGUUUUGGAAUCUCCCUCAGACUAUCAAUCUGGAGAUAAAUUUUCCCUCUUUUUUGAAAGAUAUCCCUAUUUCUCUCCUUUUCAACAUCUUUUCUUUACAAUUAGUCAUUGCCCUGUCAAAUGUUUCCACUAUUGUCAAAACAA